UGCUGCGCCGCUCCGCGACCGACCUGCCUGCGGUGGGUCCGCGCCCUCUCAGCCGCGCUCCGCCGAUCCUCACCUCCCUGCCUCUUGGGCCACUCCACGCGGAGGGGAUGCUGCCGGACCCCUGGGCUUUGCGCAGCUGAUGCUCGUCACCAGCUUCCAGCGGCGCAGCCUGUGGUCUUGCGGCGCGCCCUGGUGCUUGCGCACCCGGUGGAGCCCGCAGUUGGUCUUCUGCGGUCCUCUCCGGCUAGUUCCAAGUCUCUUCGGCUCCAGGGCUUUGCGGUGGGGUAGUGGAGAGGCCCGUGUGGAGCUCUUGGGAGGCUGGGGCUGACUCAUCUGGAGUCCCCGGCUGCUGCGCUGUGAUUGCAUUCGGAAACUUUCGCGCUGUGUUUCGGUUUUGUCUCCCUUGGGGAAGCUGGACGGCACUUCGGCAGGCCCGGUCCCUGGCCAGGACCGCGUACUGGGGGUCAUGGAGUUUACCGCGUCACCCAAACCCCAGCUCUCCUCCCGGGCCAACGCCUUCUCCAUCGCCGCGCUCAUGUCCAGCGGCGGCUCCAAGGAGAAGGAGGCCGCGGAGAACACCAUCAAACCCCUGGAACAAUUUGUGGAGAAGUCACCCUGCGCUCAGCCCCUGGGCGAGCUGACCAGCCUGGAUGCUCACGGGGAGUUCGGGGGCAGCGGGGGCGGCAGCAGCCCACCGUCCUCCGCGCUGUGUACCGAGCCGCUGAUCCCCACCACCCCCAUCAUCCCCAGCGAGGAAAUGGCCAAAAUCGCCUGCAGCCUGGAGACCAAGGAGCUCUGGGACAAGUUCCACGAACUGGGCACGGAGAUGAUCAUCACCAAGUCUGGCAGGAGGAUGUUCCCUACCAUCCGCGUGUCGUUUUCCGGCGUGGAUCCCGAGGCCAAGUACAUAGUCCUGAUGGACAUCGUCCCCGUGGACAACAAGAGGUACCGCUACGCCUACCACCGGUCCUCCUGGCUGGUGGCUGGUAAGGCGGACCCGCCGCUGCCGGCCAGGCUGUACGUGCACCCAGACUCCCCUUUCACGGGCGAGCAACUACUCAAACAGAUGGUGUCUUUCGAGAAGGUGAAACUCACCAACAACGAACUGGACCAACACGGCCACAUCAUUUUGAACUCGAUGCACAAGUACCAGCCGCGGGUGCACAUCAUUAAGAAGAAAGACCACACGGCGUCCUUGCUCAACCUGAAGUCGGAAGAGUUCCGCACGUUCAUCUUCCCCGAGACCGUCUUCACGGCGGUCACCGCCUAUCAGAAUCAGCUGAUAACCAAGCUGAAAAUAGACAGCAACCCUUUUGCCAAAGGAUUUCGAGACUCCUCCAGGCUUACUGACAUUGAGAGGGAGAGCGUGGAGAGCCUGAUCCAGAAGCAUUCCUACGCCCGCUCGCCCAUCCGGACCUACGGAGAAGAGGACGUGCUGGGGGACGAGGUGCAGACGGCACAGAGCCGAGGGUCGGCCUUUACCACCUCCGAUAACCUGUCUCUCAGCUCCUGGGUGUCAUCUUCGUCCAGUUUCCCCGGAUUCCAGCACCCGCAGUCCCUGACGGCUCUUGGCACCAGCACAGCUUCCAUCGCAACGCCCAUCCCUCACCCCAUCCAGGGCUCGCUGCCGCCCUACGGCCGCCUCGGGAUGCCUCUGACACCCUCGGCCAUCGCCAGCCCCAUGCAGGGGAGCGGCCCGACCUUCCCGUCCUUCCACAUGGCCCGGUACCAUCACUACUUCCAGCAGGGGCCCUAUGCGGCUAUCCAGGGACUGCGCCACUCCUCCGCCGUGAUGACGCCGUUUGUAUGACUCUUGUAAAACCAGGAGACUCCAAUCCAGAAUGUGCAAGUGGGUAUGGAAACACAGGGCGGCGCUGGGGGUGGGGGGUGGGGAUGUGGGGCGUUGGAGCAAGGGCUCUGCAGGAGACAUGGGGUCUGAGAUCGAGGACACCUGGACUCUCAGUGAAGCCUACUGCGGACAGCAUGCACCAUGGACCAGGAUGCACCUGGAGCUGUGGGGUGGCUCCUGGGUUCGGGAAGGAAUCCGUGGAGAGGCCUGAGUCCCGCAACUAACAGGACAUCAGUGUACCCAGGAAGCUGAAUACCACGAGGCAGAUGAAUCUUAAAGUGCAUUACUCCUAGCGGUUAAAAAACGCUGUGUCGGCGCGCUAACGCAUAAAAUCAGCGUGCGGGGGUGUUCUUCCUGCUUUCCGCAGGUUAAAAGAAUCUUCCGAGAGGCAAUACCACAUACCACACCAACCGUAAUGCGUAAUGACUAGCUGAAGUCCACUUCUCCCCGUGGGGAACGAGAGCCAAUAGAGACGUAUUUGUAGUGCUGUAGCUUAAGCAUGUUUAGUUCUGCUUUGUGUUGCUUUGCUGGGGGAGGAGCUGAGAUAAUGCUAAUGCAUCCUGUUCCGUGGCUGGACACUGGGUCAAGAUUUCAUGAGGUGGUUUUUUUUUUUUGGUACUGUCGAAGGGCCAGUUCCUGCCAAGCUCUUUUUUCACAGUCUUCUUAAUUCUCUUUCUUGCAAUUACUUGCCACGAAUGCAGGAAAACUCUCCUAGAUACAGUGUCGAAGGGGGAGGCUCUGUGUGGUACACGGUGGAACCGAGGGUUUAUUUUCCUGGGCUGCUUCUCAGUCCACGGCUGAUGUGCCCACUGAGGCACGCUCUCCAGCCACCCCGGGGCGGCACGUGGGGCUCACUUCCACCCGCAGCUGCGGUGGAGAGGCGGCUGCCCGGUUCUGACAGGCAUCUCCCGGUCAUGGGUGCCGAAGGGCUCUUCAUUGUUACUUCAGCUUUGGGAGACCUGCUGGAUGUUCAAGGGCACUAGGCCCAAUUCUCAUUUUUGGAAAAUCUGCGUCAUUGUUAGAUUAGCUGCUCCUGCUGAUUGACAAGGAUUUGUGAAUGACCCUUUUCAGCGCCCGCACAGCCACCAUCAGAGCUGCGCUGCUCCCAAGGAGCUGUGGGUCCACGCUCCCCGAUCUGUCCUUUUUGCUUCCUGUUACAUUCAGUGACUCCUUGACCGGUUUCUAGCCUGUGAUAUGCGAUGACACGUUAACUCAAGGGCGCCCUGACUGAAACAUGGCUUAUAAGUAAAUCUGAACAUUUACCCACUAAUUUUCAGCUUUUGCUAUCUUCUUCCUAAUCCCUUUAAUGGUGUAUGCUAAUUAAUUAUAUUUUCGUUAUAUGUAAUCUCUAUUAUUUUGGGGCAACAUAGUAUGUGUAAACAUUUACUGUCAGGGUAGUGCUUUGGUAUGCUGCAAGAGUUCAUUACCCUAGUAACAGAAAUGUAAUGAGCCUUACAGUCCUUUGACUUUAGAUACAUUGCAGUCUAAUUGUAGGCUAUAACCUGCCCUCUUCACAAAGCUCCCUCAAACGGUUUUAAUUUAAUUUACGUGUUCCAUGUAACACUCGUUUGACUCUGUCUGGCUGCAAAAAUACUGAAUCUGUUCAAAGAGAUGGGAACUGUUGCUCCUGAGAGUAGAAGUGCAUUUCAGAGUAAAUGCAAUAUACUUAUCACAACAGACUCCGCUGGGAUUUUAUUGGGUUGUUUUAAUGUUAGGCCUUUCCAUAUCAAGUGCCUUUCUCGGGCAUUUCCAGCUUAUGAAACAAGGCAAAAUGGCGUCGUCCGUCCAGGGGAUGCUGUCGCCGGGCUUUGUCAUUGCCACUGCCAUUCUGCGCUGCGUCCCGGGGCUUACGUGUGGGGAAGCACGGGCUGUGUGAGCCCAGCAGCUCAAGGUCCCGUGGCGGACGCCGCGGGCUCCUCUGCAGCCUCCGACACGCGGGGCUGUGGCAGGCACAGGUAGUUCUCCUCCCAACACAGCACGGCUGUGCACUUCCUUUAAAAAGCAGCCAUGAGUGAUGUUUCAAUAUCCAUGGAGCUUAGGAGAGGGAUUUAAUGUUUAAUUGUUGGCCUGUUGCCAAGGCUCCUUUUAAGACAGAGUGCGGCUGCUUGACGUGGGGACGACCAAAGUAGAUGCUGUUUCACGUGGUGCCAGUCGAUGCCCCGGGAACUGCUGGUGAACUGAAGUAAACCCCACCUGCGUUUCCUUUCCAACGAGAGCGACAGGGUCAUUUUAAUACCAUCUUGAUACUCUGUUCCCAAUCCGUGUGACUCCAGAGGAGGGUGUAUGUAUUUUGGUAAAUAUGAUUUCGCGUCAGUAUUUCCUGACUUCAUAACUUUAUUUUGUGAUUAAGCGAUAAGACUAAAAAUAAGUAGAGUGCUGAGAGAAAAGAUGAAGAUGUCAAAGCAUGCUAUUGGGAAAUCGCACCUGGAGUUCGAAACUGGAUGUAUUUUGAAGCAGGUGGCUUUAUCUGAACCAGAAGGAAAGAAGCACAACUGUGGAGGCCAACCCGAUCGGAGUCCUGCAGCUGUGGGAACUGGGGUAGAAAUUUACCUGCUCCCCACGCCCCCUGUCCAGUCCUUAUGAGCUAUUCGGGGUGUUGAUUCUCACUUAACUCCAUGGGUAUUUAAGAUGUAAAACUGUUAUGUCUGUUUUACCAAAAGUAAUUGCAACAAUUAGAUAGAUAAUUAGCAAAAAAAAAAAAAAAAGCCAAGCGAAUAACAAAGAGCAUGAGUUAUAACUGGGAUAAAUUCAGGGUCCCCCCCCACAUAUGUUACAGUAUGGACAAGCAUGGCUAGCAGGCAGGGCUGCUGAGAAAAGGCUCUGCCAGAACGGCUUUGUUUAACCCGAAGAAAUGAAUUUGUAGCUUAGCAGGGCCUGUGCGUAUGAUUUAUUUUAAAAGCAUUUAUCAAUAAUUCUAAGUUCUAUUAUCUCUUUGACUUAGUAAAAUCAUCUCCCCUUUCUGCCCACCCUUAGCAGUGUACAGAUAAAUAUAUCCAGCUCCUGUGUAACGUAUCACAAGCGGCGAGGCGGCGAGGUCUGCAUUAAUGAAUGUGUGCCGCAUUGCGGGUCCUUCUGAGUGGGUAACGGGGCUCCGUGGUCCAGAAGGGCUGCCGCCAUUCCUGGUAGGGGGGCCCGGAGGAGCGGCGAUCGGGAAGCUUCCUUUGCCAGAUAAUUCUUCACCUGGCAAAACCCCCGGGGUAUGGGAGUCACACUGAUGUCUGGGGCGUCCCAGGGUCUCUCCUCUGCCACCCUCACCCACAUCCCUGUCAUUGCACAACCUCCCACGCCCCCGAAAAGGAAACCUGUAAAAGCCCAGGAAAUAAGUAGUCUUGGGAGUAAAGCAUCCUCACCCCAUACUGCCUGUGAAUUUUUCAGCAAGAGGUUAGGACACUUAUCCCGAUUCUGAAUUUCACAUUCGCUCUUCAGGCUGGGCUCCUUACAUUUGAGCUGAACUGUAGUGAGAAAAUAAGCCUCUGGUAAAGGGGGUGAAGUGACUACCCCCCUCCCCCCAUUGAAUACGUGGUCAAGUUUAGCCAUGACUCAGAAACUAAAGUUCAAAAUACAGUUAUGUAAUCGACAGGACCCCUGCUGUGAGGAAAACAAUAUUUUUACUCAGUCUCCCAGUCACUGGGUAAGGAAGACUGCUUUCGUUGCGGAAUGUGUGUGCAGUUGGUAACCACUGCAGGUGAAACCACGUUGCACCCUGAAUCUAGACUGCACGGGCAGCACACAAAGCACCGGGCAGGAGAGGUUUGCAGCUGGCUGUUUGAGAGACUCACACUUGGAGAGACUGUGGAUUUUAAACAUUUCUGCAUUAUUUCAGAAUCCAAGGAUUAUAUGUAAAUGAGCAAAGGGAAGGUCAUAAUCUCUUAAAACCCGAGGAAAUCAAUAUCCUUUCUUCACUACUGUUCAUUCCAUUCCAGUUACCAAAUAUUCCAACACUUCGAGUUCUUCGGCACGCUUAAAUAUGCAGAGGCUCCUUUGUAACUGUUCGAUAGGCAGAUGUUCCCAAAGCAUUUUCUGGCCCUUCUCUUUCUGUCCAUGCCUUAACUACUUCCAAUUCCCCUCCCCCCCCCCAGUAAUAAAAUAAAAACAUUUUGUUGAGAUAAUACCUCUGGACAAAAAAUACGAUUUAUUGUAUUUUACUUCUGGUACAUUAAAAUACUGUAUUUAGUUGCUUUUUUUCCUUCUUCUUCUUAGUUGCAAACACCUGAAAGAAGGUCUUUGAUUUCCUAAAGGAAAAAAAAAAUUGUAUUAGCCUUUUAGUAGACUCGAUCACCGCUCUGUCGUUUGCUGUGUUCAUGUGCUUGACGACCUGCGUGCGUGCAGUCACCGGGACAAAGUGUGUGUGUGUCGGGGGCUGGGGGACGGGCGUGGGAAAUGUUUUAUGAGAAAAGAAGUUAUAAGCCUGAGACUAUGAAGUAACAUCUAAUGAAGUUCUUUUUAAGUGCAAUAUAUUUAUUUCUGCUAGAAAUGUAUUAUCGACAUUAUGUAAUAUUGGAAGCAUUACCUGUUAUUUGUAAACAGCUUAAAAUUAUAUAUUACCCAAAGUUGUACAGAA